UCCAUUUUAAUUCCAUGAGGUCGACGAAAGUAUUUUAAUUUCUACGAAAACUUUUUAAAAUUUAAUACCGUAAUACUAUUAUAUUUUGAAUAAAUUUUGUUUGGGUUGAAAUUAAAUAAUCUCCCAGAAAUAUUAAUUACUUAAAUUAAAAUAAAAUAUAAACCAAAACAAAAGUCGAAGGAGAAAGGAAGAAUAGAAUUGGAGAGUAAUUUUGAAAAAUUUGUCAUUUGUGCGAUUCUUCCACGGCGUAGGAAACGAUAAUUGGUUUUCAAAAUUUGCAAACGACGUCGUUUCUGAUUGUUUCUCCGGCAAUGGUCGACGACAAAUCUCCCUCCGCGGUAUUGGGCAACAGAGACAGAGAUCGGGAGCUUCUCAUCCCCGUCGCUGAUGCCGGCGUUGACACCGAUGCUUCCAGACCAUCGCCUUCCUCCUCUUCCAUGCAUCAUACCGGUCGCGAGACUUUUAUCAAGGUUGUUAGGAGCUGGGCAUCAAAAAAGUUCAUGACUGGAUGUGUCAUUCUUCUUCCAAUUGCAAUCACCUUCUACAUAACAUGGUGGUUCAUUCAUUUUGUGGAUGGGUUUUUUUCUCCGAUCUAUGCUCAACUUGGAAUUGACAUCUUUGGUCUUGGGUUCAUAACAUCCAUAACCUUCAUCUUCUUGGUUGGGGUUUUCAUGUCUUCAUGGCUGGGUGCAUCUGUCCUGGGACUUGGAGAGUGGUUUAUCAAGCGAAUGCCUCUUGUUCGUCAUAUCUAUAAUGCCUCUAAGCAGAUUAGUGCUGCUAUAUCACCAGAUCAAAAUUCACAAGCCUUCAAAGAAGUAGCUAUCAUUCGACAUCCACGUGUUGGGGAAUAUGCCUUUGGAUUCAUCACCUCAUCUGUUGUCCUUCAGAAUUAUACUGGAGAUGAGGAGUUAUGCUGCGUCUAUGUUCCCACGAACCAUCUUUAUAUUGGUGAUAUCUUUCUGGUAAACACCAAGGAUGUCAUUAGGCCAACCUUAUCUGUCCGGGAAGGAAUUGAAAUUGUCGUUUCUGGAGGCAUGUCAAUGCCGCAGAUCCUAUCAACGCUUGAUUCACGUGCUACAGCAGAAAUUAGUAGAUCUGAUAGAAGAUGAAAGCAAAAGCAUAGUUGUCCGAUGAGUAGCUUAUGUUGAUUUAUAUGGAGCCAUCAGAAUGGCAAUGCAACCAAUAUACGUUGCGAACGCAGGCAUUUAAUUCACAUUGUUAAAUUAUGAGCAAUUGUUAGAUUCUGAUGGUUUGUGUAACAUUCAUUUGUGUAAUAGAAUAUAGUAGAAAUUAGCGUUUGCUUCAAAAUAUAGUUCAUAAGUACAGAUUUACCACGUUCUACUGUUGCCGGAGUCGGAAAUUUUUUUUACGUGUGCAUAGUAUGUGAUCUUCAGUUGUUAUAGCUGUUUAAUUUUGUAGCGCUGAUCACUGGCCGUCACCUUAAUUUAUGUUUUUUUGUGUUUUUUUCAAUUCAUUAGCCAGCCAGCUUCUUUUUUUGUUCAAA